AUGCUGCGCCAAUUCGGCAUCCUGCAUUAUGGCCGAGAACCUCAGAUUACGGCAAUGUGGGAUGCAGCGACCAGCAACGCACAGAACAGGGCUAUGUUGAACGUGGGAGAGGCGUCAAUCUAUCUCGCAAUGGUCAGAGACACCCAGCCUUGCGAGCCUCCGAAGACUCUGCAGACGGCUGGCUCUACGGAUGACACCGGAAGCGGGAAAGCGCAUGGGAUUUUGUGCACAAGUCAAAUUCGAAACCGGGCGAAAGAAUCUUCCAUGAUCUGCGUCCCGGCAUCUCUUCUCCCCACGGCCGCGGCCCGCGAUGCAACCACGCAGCAAUACAUGUCAUGCUUCGACCCGAUGCGACUUUGGACGCAACGCCGGGCAAUUUUGCAUAUGCACCGUAAGGACCGGCACGUCGCCACUUGGGUCAACGAUGCCCUACGGCAUCCUGAUGCUGCGCCGGAUGCACUUCCGGAGGCUCGUCCCGUUGACUAG